UAAUGUUUCGAUUGCUCGGUAUUUCAUCCAUUGAUACUUUCGUCUCGACCACAAUCGUUCCAGCUCGAUUCUUACCCAUCUCCUCUCUCUCGUGAUUGUCAAUCCCACCAUCCCCUAAUCUCUCUACACCCUUCUUUCUCCCCCCCAAGCCAUUGAGCGCGAUCUCCUUUCCAAACGGUAUGCUUGACCUCCUUCUCUUUCUAUUAGCAUCACUGGCUCGCGACUGCAGAAUUUCAUCGACAUGCAAAGACCCAUUGUGGGUUUCAUACGUACCGCCCGAAAACGGGUUAGAAUUUGGGGGACCGCUGGAACCGAGGCCCGAAAGCCAUUGCGAGAGGAGUGGGCGGAGUGUCGGGAGGCAUGCGCAGAUGAGCGCGACGUAAUUUUCGACGACGGAGUAGACGGCCACAGGGGCGUUAUCGUAGGAUGGAUCUGCGGAGUGGGUUAUGACGACGAGGGAACGCAGUCUGAGUAUGGAUACCACGCAGACGCUGUUGGGGAGGGAAGGGUAAGUUCAAGUUUUCGAUGGCAAAAAAUUUCUUCGACCGUAGAAUGGAAGAGAAUUCGAGAUGGCGGGGUAGUGUUCGCAAUAGCGAUUGGGAUAUGA